AUGGCUACAAACUGCCCUGAGGGUGAAUACCGGGAUCCCUUGGUCAAAAGUUGUUUGGCCUGUCGUGCUGUAUGCAUGAAACCACAGAUUAUCCCAAAAUGCAGCAGAUACUGCGUAUCAGAACAUUGUAAGUCACAGCCUGGCCACUACUACGAUGGUCUGCUGAAGAAAUGUGUGAGCUGUUCUCAGGUGUGUGGCAGACAUCCAGCAGAAUGCUUCCAAUUCUGUCAAAGUCUUACACCACAUGAACGGAUGACUGAGCCAUUUGUCACGAUGGCUCCAUCAAUUCCCAUGACCACUAAUAAACUCCUGGUUAAAAUUACCUCACACAUCCCGAAUAAAAUCCCAGAAAGUUCCAAAGGGUUUGUAGUAUCGACGGCACUGGAAGACCCCACCAUCGUCCUCUACUCCCUCCUGGGUCUAUGCAUGGUGUUGCUGCUGUCUAGCUUGUCUCUAGCCCUGGCAGUUUUGAUAAGGGGAGGCAAGUCCAAAAAGUCCAAACAAGGACCUAAAGCAGCUAAUCUCAUGCAGGAGCUUGUGGUCCAGCCAGGCCAAGAGGUUGGUCAGCAAGGUGGUCAGCCAGAGCGACUCUCCAAAGAUUGUGUACCAAUUUCAAGCCUUCCCACCGACCGUGAGCCACUGGAGGACUCCAGCCCUACUGAGACCUGUGUUUGUGUCCACUGCUUCCCUGAUCUGACAGCACUAAGCCAGAGCAAUGACAGGCCAAUGAGAGCACCUUUCUCUUUCUGCCAGCAAGCUGUCCUCCAGCUGCCCCAGGUCCAAAAGGGAGGCCCCCGCUACCCUGAGGAGAGCUUACACAUCUCUGGACUGGAAGCACAGGAGGAGGCGGCAGUGGGAUGA